AUGUCCCUCUUUCCCAAUAGCAUCUUUGGUCGAAGAAGAUCAAAAUCACCACAAGAUCAUCAUCAUCAACACCAAACAAGGAACAAGCACCCAUCAUAUCAAGCCCAUGGUUAUGGAGUUUCUCAACCCCAUGCACCCUAUAUAACACCACCAAAUUUCCACGAGCCAUCACCAAUUGUCAACAACACUCACAUAGAGUGGAAAGAAACCCCUGAAGCUCAUGUUUACAAAGCACAUCUUCCGGGGAUGAAACGAAGCGAUGUGAGAGUUGAGGUUGAUGAUGACAGAAUGCUAUGCAUCGUUUGUGAGAAGAAUGUUGAGAUGGAAGAACAAAGUGGUGGAUGGCACCGUAUUGAGGUUGCUAGUGGUCAUUUUGUUCAGCGUCUUACUUUGCCUGAAAACUCUAGGGUUGAUCAUGUUAAGGCUUAUAUGGAUAAUGAUGUGCUCACUAUCAAUGUUCCUAAGAAUAGAGUUUCUGUGAACAAACAUGUUAGGAAUGUUCAAAUUUCUCAUGUUUGA